AUGUCUUCGGCAAGGAUAGAGGUGGAGAAGUUUGAUGGUCGUGGAGACUACACACUGUGGAAAGAGAAGCUAGAAGCUCAUCUAGACAUUCUGGGUCUGAGUGCUGCUCUGAAGGAGACAGUCACGCUGAAAGAAAGAACUUUUGAUCCAGACCCGUCGUCAGAUGAAGAUACAGAAGAUAUCAAGUUGGAGGAAGCCUUAGAAGAAAAAAGGAAGAAAGCUAGAAGCACCAUUGUUUUGAGUGUUUCAGAUCAGGUCCUGAGGAAGAUAAAAAAGGAGAAGACUGCAGCUGAUAUGCUCAACGCUCUAGACAAACUCUAUAUAUCUAAAGCCCUCCCAAAUAGGAUCUAUCUGAAACAGAAGCUAUACAGCUUCAAGAUGUCUGAAAAUCUGUCUAUUGAAGGAAACAUCGAUGAGUUUCUUCAUCUUAUAACAGAUUUGGAGAGCACAAGUGUUGUUGUGUCAGAUGAAGAUCAAGCCAUUCUCUUGCUGAUGUCGCUUCCAAGACAGUUUGAUCAACUGAGGGAUACUCUGAAGUAUGGUACAGGACGCAACAUCCUAACUCUUGAUGAGGUUAUUGCAGCCAUAUAUGCAAAGGAGCUGGAGUUUGGGUCAAACAAAAAGAGUUUCAAAGGUCAAGCUGAGGGUCUGUUCGUGAAAGACAAGAACGAGACCAGAGGGAGAAGUGAGCAGAGAGAAAGGGGCUCAAAGGCAAAUCGAUCAAGGUCCAAAUCUAAGAGUAAACGAGGAUGUUGGAUCUGUGGUGAAGAAGGCCACUUCAAAAACACCUGCCCCAACAAGAAUAAAGCUCAUUUCAGAUCAAAAGAUCAAAGCCACAGUAGAGGAGAGUCCUCUAACGGGAAGAGCAAUGUAACUGAAGCAAACAAUGUAACUGAAGCAACCGGUUUGUAUGUGUCAGAAGCUCUAUCUUCUACAGACAUACAUCUUGAAGAUGAGUGGAUCAUGGACACAGGCUGUAGCUAUCAUAUGACGUACAAGAGAGAAUGGUUUGAAGAUCUGGAUGAAGAAGCAGCGGGUUCAGUCAGGAUGGGGAACAAGACCGUGUCCAAGGUCAAAGGCGUUGGAACAAUCAGACUCAAAAACGAAGCUGGUCUAAGCGUUCUGCUCACAAAUGUCAGGUACAUCCCUGAAAUGGAUAGAAAUUUGUUGUCUUUGGGAACCUUUGAGAAAGCUGGUUACAAGUUUGAGUCAGAAGAUGGUGUUUUAAGUAUCAAGGCAGGAAGUCAAACUCUGUUGACUGGAAAGAGAUUUGAUACUCUGUAUUUGCUGAAGUGGAAACCUGUUACAGAGGAAUCUCUUGCUGUAGAGAGGAGACAAGAUGAUACAGUGCUAUGGCAUAGAAGAUUGGGGCACAUGAGCCAGAAGAACAUGAACAUAAUGCUGAGAAAGGGUUUACUAGACAAGAGGAAGGUGUCUGUGUUUGAGACGUGUGAAGACUGCAUAUAUGGGAGAGCUAAACGAGUUGGUUUCAACAUAGCUCAACACGACUCAAAGGAGAAGCUAGAGUAUGUUCAUUCUGAUCUGUGGGGAGCUCCAUCUGUACCAUUGUCUCUUGGUAAUUGUCAAUAUUUCAUAUCAUUUAUUGAUGAUUACUCAAGAAAGGUCUGGGUUUAUUUUCUCAAGACAAAAGAUGAGGCGUUUGAGAAGUUUGUAGAGUGGGUCAGUCUGGUGGAGAAUCAAUGCGAGAAGAAAGUGAAGACGUUGAGGACAGACAAUGGACUCGAGUUCUGCAACAAGAUGUUUGAUGGUUUCUGUGAGUCAAGGGGAAUUCAGAGACAUCACACUUGUGCUUACACUCCUCAGCAAAAUGGAGUUGCAGAGCGCAUGAACAGAACACUCAUGGAGAAAGUAAGAACAAUGUUGAGUGACUCAGGUCUUCCUAAGAAGUUCUGGGCUGAAGCGACUCUUACUGCAUCUGUUCUUAUCAAUAAGACUCCGUGUUCUGCAAUCAACUUCGACAUACCAGACAAGAAGUGGUUUGGAAAACCACCAGGAUACAGCUACUUGAGGAGAUUUGGCUGUGUUGUGUUCAUUCAUAUUGAUGAUGGAAAGUUGAAUCCAAGGGCUAAGAAAGGGGUCUUUAUUGGGUAUCCUCCUGGAGUUAAAGGAUACAAAGUAUGGCUGAUGGAGGAGAGAAAGUGUGCUGUGAGCAGAAAUGUUAUCUUUCAAGAGAAUGAGGUUUACAAAGAUCUGUUGCAGAGAAAAGAUGACAUUACUGUGGAGGAAGAUGAUCAUUCUGGAUCUUAUUUGGAUCUAGAUAUUGAAGCAGAUGGAGAUACUACUUCAGGUGGAGACUUUGGGGUCGUCAGCAACACUCCAACAUCACCAAGCCCAAGUCUGACAUCACCACAAGCACCUGAGAGCAAUGACAGUGCAGAGAUUGAGAUAAAUCAAUCACCUCCAAGCUAUCAUCUGGUCAGAGACAGAGACAGGAGAGUAAUCAAAGCACCAAGGCGUUUUGAUGAUGAAGACUAUUUUGCAGAGGCUCUGUAUACUACUGAAGAUGGGUUUUCUGUUGAGCCAGAUUGUUACACUGAAGCAAAACUGGACUCAAACUGGGAAAUGUGGAAGCUUGCUAUGAAUGACGAAAUGGAAUCACUGGUCAAGAACAACACAUGGACUGUGGUACCAAGACCAGUGAAUCAGAGGGUUAUUGGCUGCAAAUGGAUCUACAAGUAUAAACUUGGAAUUCCUGAAGUAGAAGACCCACGUUUCAAAGCAAGAUUAGUAGCCAAAGGGUAUGCUCAAAGAGAAGGAAUUGAUUAUCACGAGAUCUUUGCUCCAGUGGUGAAACAUGUAUCUAUAAGGAUACUACUUUCGAUUGUUGCACAAGAAGAUCUUGAGCUGGAGCAACUUGAUGUCAAAACCGCUUUUCUGCAUGGAGACUUGAAAGAGAAGAUCUACAUGACACCUCCUGAAGGGUAUGGUCAGAUGUUCAAAGAAAAUGAGGUAUGUCUUCUCAACAAGGCUCUGUAUGGUUUAAAACAGGCCCCAAGGCAGUGGAAUGAGAAGUUUGACAACUACAUGUCUGAGAUUGGUUUUGUAAGAAGCAAUUACGACAGUUGUGCAUAUGUGAAGAGUUUGAGUGAUGGUUCUUUGAUGUAUCUACUCAUCUAUGUUGAUGAUAUGCUUGUGGCUGCAAAGAACAAAGAAGCUAUUCUGCAGUUAAAGAAGGAUCUCAGCUCAAAAUUCGAAAUGAAGGAUCUUGGAGCAGCAAGGAAGAUUCUUGGGAUGGAGAUCACUAGAGACAGAGCUGCUGGUGCUUUGUGGUUGUCUCAAGAGGGUUAUUUGAACAAGAUCCUUGAAACUUACAAGAUGGAAGAAGCAAAAUCUGUAACAACACCACUUGGAGCUCACAUGAGGAUGUGUGCAGCUACUGAAGCUAAGCUGGCUGAAGAUGAAGAAUACAUGAAGUCUAUUCCAUACUCAAAUGCAGUGGGAAGCAUCAUGUAUGCCAUGAUAGGCACAAGGCCUGAUUUGGCGUAUCCUGUGGGGGUCAUAAGCAGAUUUAUGAGCAGUCCUGUCAAAGAUCAUUGGUUAGGAGUGAAAUGGGUGCUGAGGUACAUCAAGGGAAGCCUAAAGACGAGGCUAUGCUACAAGAGAAGAUCUGAGUUCAAGAUAGUGAGUUAUUGUGACUCUGAUUAUGCUGCAGACCCUGAUCGAAGAAGAUCCAUUACUGGCUUAGUGUUUACUCUCGGUGGUAACACAAUCACCUGGAAAUCUGGUCUGCAACGAGUUGUUGCCCUUUCAACAACAGAAUCUGAAUACAUGUCAUUGACUGAAGCGGUUAAAGAAGCAGUGUGGUUGAAGGGUCUUAUGAAGGAGUUUGGUUAUGAUCAGAAAAGUGUGGAGAUCUUCUGCGAUUCACAGAGUGCCAUUGCGCUCUCUAAAAACAAUGUGCAUCAUGAAAGGACGAAGCACAUUGACGUGAAGUAUCACUUCAUCCGAGAUGUCAUUGCAGAUGGUGAUGUUGAGGUGUUAAAGAUAUCAACCGAGAAGAAUCCGGCUGAUAUAUUCACCAAGGUGUUGGCUGUGAGCAAGUUUCAGGCGGCGUUGAACUUGCUACAGGUCAAGCCUGAGUAA